UUCUUCUUCUCUCUUUUCUUCUUCUUCUUCGUAUUCUUAUUCUUCUCUACUAACAGUACUACCAGUCUACCACUCUACAUAUCUAUUUCUUCUUCUUUCUUCUUCCUAUUCUUAUUCUUCUCUACUAACAGGACUACUAGUCUACCACUCUACAUCUCUACCAAGUCUCCACCACCAAUUUUAGUCGAGUGAGACAAGAUUUUUAAUCAAAAUCGAUCAAUAACUUCAUUAAAAAGACUCAUGAUAGCAUAUGAGAAUGGGUUGAUCGUCCUCUGGGAUAUUUCUGAAAGUCGGGUUGUCCUUUUUAGAGGCCACAAGGAUCUCCAAUUGAAGGAUGAUCAGGUGGUUGAGGAAAAUACAUCUGAGUUAGAGCAAGAGGAGAAAGAAAUAAGCUCUCUAUGUUGGGCAUCUCUUGAUGGAUCCAUUCUUGCUGUUGGAUAUGUGGAUGGUGAUAUUUUUCUAUGGAACAUGUUAAGUGCGUUCUCUAUCAAAGGUCCACAAGCUGGGGGAUCAUUUAUUGAUGCUGUUAAGCUACAAUUAUCUUCUGGGAAAAGAAAGAUUCCGGUCAUUGUCUUACAUUGGUCCGCAAAUAGUAGAUCGAACAAUGAGCGUGGAGGGCAAUUAUUUAUCUAUGGAGGUGAUGACAUAGGAUCUGAAGAAGUCCUUACUGCCUUGAGUCUUGAAUGUUCCUCCGGUAAAAUCCAAUAA